AUGUCGACAAACCGCACCGGAUCCCCGCCCGAGGUGGAAAAGGUCAACACUAACAUUGUCACCCUCACACGGUUCCUCACCGAGGAGCAAACAAAACACAAGGAGGCUACCGGAGAUUUUACGCUCCUCUGCCACGCCCUGCAAUUCUCAUUCAAGUCAAUCGCCUACUACAUCCGCCGCUCCACCCUAGUCAACCUGACCGGUCUGGCCGGUUCUGCAAACGUCACCGGCGACGAGCAGAAGAAGCUCGAUGUCAUCUCCAACGACCUCUUCAUCGAGGCCAUGCGGUCAUCGGGCCGGUGCGCCAUGCUCGUGUCCGAAGAGGAGGAACACAUCAUCUUCUUCCGCGGCAGCAAGGGAGCCCGCUACGCCAUUGCCUGCGAUCCCAUCGACGGCAGCUCCAACCUCGACGCCGGCGUCUCGGUAGGCACCAUCUUCGCCAUCCACAAGCUGCCCGAGGGCGCCAGUGCCACAAAGGAGGACAUCCUCAAGCCGGGCACCGAGCUCGUCGCCGCCGGCUUCACCAUGUACGGCGCCUCCGCCCAGCUCGUCAUCACCAUGAAGGGCAGCACCGUCAACGGCUUCACGCUGGACAACGGCGUCGGCGAGUUCAUCCUCACACACCCGGACAUGAAGAUCCCGCGCGCCCGCACCAUCUACUCGGUCAACGAGGGCAAUUCCCUCUACUGGGAGGACAAGACGAAGAACUACUUCAACUCCCUCAAGGAGGCCCAGCCCGACGGGAAGCCGUACAGCGCCCGUUACAUCGGUAGCAUGGUCUCCGACGCCUAUCGCACUCUCCUCUACGGUGGCAUCUUCGCCUACCCGGCCGACAAGAAGAGCCCCAAGGGCAAGCUCCGCAUUCUUUAUGAGUGUGCGCCUAUGGCCAUGGUGUUUGAGAAUGCUGGUGGUCAGGCAGUCGAUAGCAACAUGAAGCGCAUGCUCGAGGUCGUGCCCGAGCACAUCCAUGACAGGUCGGGCAUCUUCAUGGGCAGCUACGAUGAGGUUGAGAAGGUUAAGACGUUCUACAAGUAG